UUUGUGUUAAUUUUGCAUAUGAUGCUGCAAAAAUGUAUCUGAUUAUUCACUGGCCUCUUCAGAUCAACAGAAAAUAAUCUUUUUUAGCAUCUUUGUCCAAACACAGUUCAAAAAUGUCGCACUGUUUAUCAUGCAGCAAAAUUCAGGUUUCACUAUCAACCUGAAUUUUGCGAACCUUGAUGGGAACAGAACUCGGUAUGCAUCUUCUUCUUCUUUUCUUUUCUUUUUUUUUUAAAAAAUCCCGAAAUGGUUUCACUAUCAACCUGAAUUUUGCAUCAAGCCGAAUUUUGGUUGGGUUGGGUUGUGUUGCAUAUAGAGGAAGUGUAAAGACAAGGUUGUGUUCCGCACAACAAUAGUAGCAGAUUUUCUAUACAUUAAAUACCAUUGAAAAUCUUUUUGCAGAUUUUCUAAGGAACAAUGGAACAAUGGAAGUUGUUGUUCCAAACUGACAGUUGUUGUUUAAAUAUAUCUUAAUGUUGUUGUUGUAUAGAACAAUGGUAGCAGAUUUUUAAAGUGUGUGGAAUAGUUGUUGUUGUAUAGAACAGUUGGUGAAGGGUUUUGUAGAUUUUCAGAGAGAGAUUUGAAUUCAACUUUGUUCUUUUCCUCUUUUUUCUUGAAUUUGAGGUUGGGAGUUUGGAAUUUCAGGUCCUCGGGGAGAGCGAUGGAUUUCGAUGUGAUCUUUAGUCUUUCUUCAUGAACUGGAAGUGGGUAUUUGGAAUUAUAGUUUUCUUUUUUUUCCCAUAGAGAUUUGAAUUUUAGAUGUGUUGCUCUUUCCAUGUGAAUUUGAAAAUGGGUGUUUAGGAUUAUGUGCUUUUAUGGAAACAGAGUUCAAUUUCAAUAUGUUCUUUUACUCUUUUUGCAUGAAAACAAAGAUGGAAGCUUGGAAUUAUAGGUUCUUCUAGAGGGGGAUUUAAAUUUUGAUCUGUUCUUUUGCUCUUUCUUCACGAAUUUGGACAUAAGUGUCUAGAAUUACAGGUUUUUGUGGAGAGUGAUUUGAGUUGGAAUGCAUUUUUUCACUCUCUUCCCAUGAAUUUUAAAAUGGGUGUUUAGAAUUAUAGGAUUUUGUGAGCAGUCAAUGCAAGUAUGCAGCAGAGAAGAAGAUACUAUUGCAGAAAAGGUAGAAAGCAAUGAGAAAAUAGAAGGCCAGAAGCCAAAGGAGAAUCCAUCUUCGGUUUCGUCAAAGACGAUGAGGCAAAUUCUGAAUAUGGUCUGGUAUAAGCUUGUCAGUAACUCGAAUUCAUAUGCAAGCUUGUUGGGUUUGAGCUGGGCUCUUGUAUCUUGCAGAAGCCUCAAAUCAUGGAAAAUUCUGUCACAAUCUUGUCGAAUGCAGGUCAUGGGAUGGCCAUGUUCAGUCUCGGACUGUUCAUGGCCUUGCAGCCAAGAAUCAUAGCCUGUGGGACUAAACUCGCCCCAUACGGAUUGGUUGCAAGGUUCCUCACUAGCCCGGCUAUCAUGGUGAUCGCAUCUGUUGGGGUUGGCCUCAGAGGCACAAUCCUCAGAGUGUCCAUUGUUCAAGUGGGUCCAUUGCAUUUUCAGCUCAAUCUUCAAAACACACACAAACACAUUUUCAGCGUCUUACGUAUAAUGUCAUAAUAUGCAAUUUCUUCCAUUUUGUAUGAUGAAAUUGAUUUUCAGCCAUGUGUAGUAAGCUUUCGGAUCAAACUGAAGCUGAGAAUAGGGUGUUAGUUGAUGGCAAAUUGAUAACCAGUAGAGGCACAUCCAUGGAGUUUUUGCUUGUGAUUGUUGAGAAGCUAUUUGGUUGCGAGAAGGCAUUGGAUCUUGCUGUUAAUGAGAACUUUAAAU